GUCACAGCUCAAAUGGCUCUAGUAGCACUUAGGUGAUAUCAUUGUGCCUAGAGUUUUAUUGAUACGAAACCCCUUCCUUUCGCUCCCAACUCAAUUGUUGUCAUCGUCUCUUUGGUAGAAAACCUGCCGCAAAAUGGCGCACCAGGGAGAGGCAGCGAAUUACUACGCCAACGACACGCGACAGCAAGAUGUGCCUCUAACGUACCAGCAAGAUCCGGCGCAAGCGCAAUACGGACAGAAUUACGCGCCUCCACAAGGACCUCCACCACAGCAGCAGAAUGGUUACGCGCAACAGAACUAUGGCGAUAAACCGAGUUUCGACCAGACCUUCAAGAUCGAAAAGCCAAAGUUCAACGAUCUGUGGGCGGGCUUGUUGUUCAUCGCCGUCUUCUUGGGCUAUAUCGUGGUUUCUGGGAUCUCGAUUCAUGGAUACUCUAAAAAUAUCAGCUUCAAUGGCGGUAUCUACGGUUCCCAGAACGACUUCGGUCUCGACUCGAACACCAUCAUCCUCUUCGCAUUCGUCCUAGGCAUGGCCACAAUCUUCAGCUUCGCGUACAUGUGGGCGGCGCGCACCUUCACGAAGCAGUUCAUCUGGAUCACAGGCAUCCUGAACAUAGUUUUCGGCUUUGCGACAGCCAUCUACAUGCUCUCGCGCAAAUACUGGUCCGGUGGCAUCGUUUUCCUGAUCUUCAACAUCUUCUUCGUGAUCUGCUUCAUAUCUUGGAUCCCUCGCAUUCCCUUCAGCGUGCUCAUGCUGCAGACUGCGAUUGAUGUCUCAAAGACCUACGGGCACACUUACGUGGUAUCGCUUAUUGGCGGAUUGCUGGCAGCAGUGCUCGGCGCGUGGUACUCGGUCACACUUGUAUCGAUCUACGUUCAGUUUACCCCGAGUACUAACAAUCCAGCAUGUAGCAAUGGGACAGGAGGCUGCAGUAAUGCCAAGGUCAUUGGUCUGCUUGUCUUUGUGACAUUUGCAAUGUAUUGGAUCUCCGAGUGGCUCAAGAACACAAUCCACACAACCAUCUCUGGCGUAUAUGGCUCUUGGUACUUUUCCCCCAACCAUAUGCCCAAGGGUGCCACCCGAGGCGCAUUCAAACGAGCUAUCACGUACAGUUUCGGAAGCAUCAGUCUUGGGAGCUUGCUCGUAGCCAUCAUCCAGUUUCUGCGACAAAUCUGCUCGGCUGCUCAGCGCAGCGCUUCUAGCGACGGUAACAUUGUCGGCUCCAUACUGUUCUGUGUCCUCGGAUGUCUCAUCGGACUGCUGAACUGGGCGGUGGAGUUUUUGAAUCGUUACGCGUUCAGCUAUAUUGCUUUGUACGGCAAGUCGUAUAUUGCGGCUGCCAAGGAUACGUGGAAAAUGAUCAAGGAUCGCGGCAUCGAUGCUCUCGUAAACGAGUGUCUCAUAGGUCCAGUGCUUUCGAUGGGCGCAACCUUCAUCGCCUACGCAUGCGCGCUGCUUGCAUACCUCUACCUCGUCUUCACGUCGCCAGCUUACAAUUCAGAUGGAUCAUACACACCUGUAGUGGUUGCUUUCGCCUUCCUUAUCGGUCUGCAGAUCUGUAAUAUCUUCACCACACCCUUGAGCAGCGGUAUCGACACACUCUUCGUUGCAAUGGCUUGGGACCCUGAGGUCUUGAUGCGCGAACAUCCCGAUCUGUAUCACCGAAUGAUCGCGGUGUAUCCUCACGUUCAGACAGCGAUUCAUGCCUGAGUUGGUACCUGUGUCGGGAGUGGUUUUCACAGUAAAGCUUCGAUUUUGAGACCGAUGACGAACACUCUGGCAGAAAUCGAUCGCAUAUGUGGGGUGCGAGGGUGUCCUUGCUGAAAAAUCUGCCCUGCCGGCUUGGCACGUGCUCAUGGCGGGAACGGGAGACAACCUAUAGUUCGCUGCUCCAUGACGUAGCCAAACCCAUUAGUAAUUUGUUUUGAUGGAAAAGAGCAUCUAAAGUUAAUCGUGUCGUUGAGACACAGCAAGUACAUUCGUGCUGUCCACGAGCGUGGGCAGUGUUGGGCAUCAUGAGUGCAGCAUUAGUAAUAUAUACCUUGC